AUGAAAUACUCAAUUUUUGUUCAAGCGACCAAAGGGCUCGGCAGGCUGUGCCGAAGGCUAUACAGUCCGGAGGUUAAGGAACAUUUCUACAAACCACGAAAUGUUGGCAGCUUCGAUAAAAAUGACCCGAAUGUUGGAACAGCGGUGGUAGGAAAGGCUGCCUGUGGAGAUGUUAUCAAAUUCCAAGUCAAGGUGGAGAACGGUGUCAUUAAGGACGCCUGCUUCAAAACGUUUGGUUGCGGGUCUGCCAUUGCCAGCAGCUCAUAUGUUACGGAGCUGAUAAAGGGCAAGACUUGCGAAGAAGCAACAGCCAUCAAAAACACUGAUAUAUCGGAAGUACUCAAGUUGCCGCCUGUCAAAGUACACUGCAGCCUCCUUGCGGAGGACGCGGUGAAAAUGGCGCUCAAGGACUACGAAUCAAAAAAGAAGAAACAAACUACGGACGAAAGUGUGUCUGAGAAGCAUGAACAAGAAACAUCGGAGACAAAGUAA